UCCUCCCGCCGAAAGGCGGACCUCUUAAUUUCCACCCCGCGAAACAUUGACCCCGUAUCCUGUCGCUCGCCUACCGGACUUAUAUACCUCGAUUCCUUCCAUCCAACAUCUCCCCAAUCAUCCAAUCGCCCUCUUAUCACCAACCAUGUCCGUCGAGGUUUCCCACGGCCGUGGCGGCGCCGGCAACAUCAAUGUCGACGAUACCAAGUACGUCGACGGUGAGGUCGUCCGAACCGGUGCCGAGGGUAGCCACGGCGAUGGAGCAUACAGCUCCGGUCGAGGAGGCGCCGGCAACAUUGCUGAUGUAGGCACCAAGUCUGGCGAGCGUGCGGACAAGGAUAUCAUUCCCGAGGCCGCCGUCCGACCCAGCCAGGAUGGCCGUGACUUCCACACUGGCCGUGGUGGUGCCGGUAACGAAUUCUCGGGCAACGUCGAGGGCAAGAAGUCCGAGGAGAAGCCUGCGGAAAAGGCCACUCCCGUUGCCCCCCAGGGCCUGGCUGACAAGCUCAAGGCCAAGCUCUUUGGCGGCUUCAAGAGGAGAUGGGUUGCGUGGAGAGCUUCAUCGUUCUCCAACGGCCUCUUGAUGUGUCGAUGAUGCUGCUUUUUUGGAAAUACCCCAAGAUAUCCCAACUACUUUUCUUUCUGACAGAGUAAUAUCACCGUAUCUUCAACCGCACCCUUGAGUGCGUAUUUAGAUUAUUCCUCACCAAAUUGGCAGGCUGCAAAAUACAUCAUGAUUCAUGGCGACAUGUGAAAUAGGCCCA